UCAGAGGGCACGCACGUACACACACGCGUCUACGUCAUUACGCAUUUCCUGUUCUCUACGGGGUCCUCUCUGCUGCUCACCGUCGUGCAGUGAAGUGGAUGUUUUGGUGAAAAAUACGGUGUCGAAAAGGGACGUAAACGCGUUUAAAACAUGACAUUUCGACCGAGCGGGACCUAAAGCGGCGUAGCUGGGGAGAGUGGGCCGCAUUCGGCGAAGGUUUCGGCUUAAUUUUGCCCAGUAUUCCUCCGCAUGUCCGCUUUCUUAGUAGAUGGUUUCCAGCGAGCGGUGUCUGGCGGAGGACGACGAGUUAUCGACGAAUAACAUGAAGGAGAUGAUCGGCGGUUGCUGCGUGUGUUCAGACGAGCGAGGCUGGGCGGAAAAUCCGCUGGUUUACUGCGACGGACACGGCUGCAACGUUGCUGUGCACCAAGCGUGCUAUGGCAUUGUGCAGGUGCCCACUGGACCCUGGUUCUGUAGAAAGUGUGAGUCUCAGGAGAGAGCAGCUCGUGUUAGAUGUGAGCUGUGUCCGCACAAAGAUGGAGCGCUGAAGAGAACAGACAACGGAGGUAGCAUCCUUCUAGCUAUGCACCCACACGCACGCGCACACACACACAUACACAUCUGUGGUGGUGAGCUUCUUGUGUAUGUUGUCAUUAAUUGCAUGUCACCGGCAAGUUUAAGGGGUGUGAGCGUGCUGGGAGAGUUAUGUUGCUGUUUGUUGUCUGAGCUGCUUCUCUGUACCGUCCUUGCCAGUGCGUGUUUUAUGAGAGUGUGUGAGUGUGUGUGUAUGUUUAUGAGGGGGCGGGCCAGGAUGGGUAUAGUGCAUGGCCUGUGAGGAGUCUCUGCUCUGGGUUCAUUGGGAGGUCAGCUUGGUGGAGACUGUAAAUAUUCUGUGUGUGUGUGUGUGUGUGUGUGUGUGUGUGCCGGUCAAAGAGAGAGAGGCACAGCUGUGGGAUUGUGUCCAGGCCUGCAGGGAGGCAUCAGGACAACACUAACACACACCGUUUUACUACUUUCUCUUUUAUUUUACCCUUCCCAUGACCCCGCUCUCCUCUUUUCUUUUCUUUUUUUUCCUCCCACAUUUCUCUCGCCAUCUCUUUCCCCAUACCGUCUAUUUCUCUGCUCUUGUCAUUUCCUU